AUGAAUGUGAACGAAGGCAAAGAUGGCACUUUGAUUAUCAGCAUUAGCGGGUUUUAUCUGAAGACGCUGGGGCCACCUUUGCAGGAGCUGUAUCCAGACAAGAAAGCCUUGUUCAUCACGGUGAUAAAUGCGGGGAAGAGCCAGCAGAACGAGGACCAGGCGUGCUGCGAGGUGGUGUUUGUGGAGAGGAGGCCCAGCCCGAGGGGCCGGCCGCCAUCCGGGGAGCUGGAUGGGGGCAGGAAGGGUUUUUAUUUCCACUAUUGGGCCCUGUUUGACGGCCAUGCGGGCACCGGUGCUGCUGUCAUGGCUUCCAAGAGGCUCCACCUGCACAUCUGCGAGCAGCUCCGGGACCUGGUGGACAUCCUGCAGGACCCCUCUCCGCCUCCCAUCUGCCUCCCGCACGAUGCCAGGGCCAGCCCCGUGGAGCUGAGCCAGGCACCCCUCGCAGAGGAUGACGGGGAGGUCCCCAAUGAUGCUCUGCCGCGGUUCCACCUGGAGAAAGCAGUCUCUCACGAGAGCCUGGUGACUGGUGCCAUCGAGAACGCCUUUAAGCACAUGGUGAGUGAGCCCCCGCCCGCAGGGACACCCCGCCCCCUGGGCAAGUUCUACGUGGCCAACGCUGGCGACAGCAGAGACAACAGCAUGAACGGCUGGGCUUACAAAAAGAUAGAAGAGGAUGACCUGAAGUUUCCACUUAUCUACGGGGAAGGCAAAAAGGCUCGGAUGAUGGCCACAAUUGGGGUCACGCGGGGCCUGGGAGACCACGACCUCAAGGUGUUCAGCUCCAACAUCCGCAUCAAGCCUUUCCUGUCCUGCUUCCCGGAGGUCAGGGUGUACGACCUCACGCAGUACGAGCACUGCCCUGACGACGUUCUGGUCUUGGGUACUGAUGGGCUCUGGGAUGUCACCAACGACAAGGAGGUGGCCAGCGUGGUGAUGGAGGUGCUGAUGAGCUACGAGCCCAACGACCCGUGCAGGUACACCAUGGUGGCCCAGGAGCUGGUGCUGCGGUCCAGGGGGGUGCUGAAGGAGCGGGGCUGGCGGCUGGCCAACGACAAGCUGGGCUCCGGCGAUGACAUCUCUGUCUUCGUGAUCCCUCUGGGCGGCCCGGGCAGCUACACGUGA